UAAAUCUAGCCUUGCGUUGCGUUCAUUUUUUCUGCAGCCGCAAGUCCUCUCGACCAGUCUGCCUACAUUCCUUUUUGCCGUUCAACCGGAAUUGGAUCCACACCGCUUAAGAGCCUUGUGCCCAAGGGUAUGCCAAGCGUGCCACCCAACAUCUGGUGCAUGAGGCCGAUCGCCUGGAGCCCAAUGCAUCACAUUGCAGGACUCUCUGGAAAGGGGGACUGGGGGAUACCGCAUCGAAUCCUAGAAGCUAGAUCAGCUCCCCUAUGAAUUCGGUUGCAGAGCCGUUUAAAUAUACAGAACAGUCCAGACUGAGGUAUUUUUUAUAACAACUCCAUAUACCAAAGUCAAAGUCAACCCGGAGCCUGGUGGUUUGCUAGAAACAAACAUGUCUCUCGCUUCAGCUUUUCCUAUGCCUUCUGACUGCAGCGACAUUGAUGCGAAGCAAAGGAAUAGUACACUCCUCUGCAGUUGCGGUGGCGGCAUCCAGGAGGAUUCAACGGGUUGUGUGUGUCUUGAUAAAGCCUUAAUCUGGGACAAAAGCAGCUGCGUUUCGCCAGCAGCCAUCUCGACCUCACUCCAGAUAUCUACUACGAAUACUCUACCGACAAGCACAAUCAGUUCUUCACCGCAACCAGCAAUCACGACCUCAUUCCAAACAUUUAGCUCGAAUACCCUACCGACACACACAAUCAGUUCUUCACCGCAACCAUCCAACUCGACCUCACACGAGGCAUCUAAUGUGAAUACUCUACCAACAAGCUCCACCAGCUCUUCACCCACAUCCGAUAACCUACCAAUUCCGAAAGGGCGUAGCAACGGAGCAAUUGCUGGUAUUGCUGUCGCAUGUUUGCUCGCUGGAGCAGUCAUUACGUGCCUAUUAGCAUUUGUAUGGUUCCGCACUCAAGAUCGAUCGAAGAAAAGAGCUGGAGAUGGAAAUACCGGGCAGUAUGAUCCCGGAGAAGCAUAUAUAAAGAACGGGAAGCUCAUGGGAAGCUCAUAUAAGGCUCCUGCGGUUGCUGUCGUGGAGAAUUAUCUCCCUCAACCGGCUGAAGAUGAUGCAGUCACUGGAGAAUUCUCUAAACUUCGAGACCGAAUCAAGAACCAUGUCCAGAGUUAUUAUCACACUGCCGAGGUCGAUAGAGACAUGAUUGGAACCGCUGCUCUCCAUCCUAUCGCAGCGGCCACCAAGAUUCAUGUCAUCAAGCUUAGAGAACUUCUUCUGAAUCCUACCACGCGACACCAUGUCUUACGGCUCUACAUAGGUUGCCUGUGUCUUUCCAGAGCAGCAUUAGAUUCGGACCCGAAGGGGUCGUUUCUGCCGCAAGAAGUUGCUACCUGCAUAUCUUCAAUGGCGUCUUUCCCUGGUUCAGCUCAAACAGCCUUGUUCAGCAAAUGGAAGGCCAUUUCUGGUGUCUUGCUGCAGCCUCAAUACGGCCAAAACAUUGAGAAUGAUCCCCGAAACGCUAGCAUUCGCAAGGCUAUGGACGAGGCCGAUCUAAUCCUACAACUGUUUGCAGCGAAUCCAGCGGAGGAGAAACGGGUACGAAACUUGGAGGAGAUCAUGCGUCGCGCCACUCGCUUCGCAUUUCUUCUUUUCUGCCAACCUAGCACCUGGAAGUUCCAAUGGGAUAGAGUUGUUCCGGAUGGGCUGGUCGUGUUUCCAGACCUCCUGCAGUUGACAAACGAUGAGGCAGAGUUGAUGUUGCCACCAAGAGUUUUCUGCAAAAGUGAAGUGGUUCGAGGUCUUCAUAUUGACGGCUGAUUUGCUGAGGCUCUAUGCAUAUUGGUUCAACGUUCCGUAUUCAAAAGAAAUAUGCAGAAGUCAGUGUCUGUGUGUGGCACCCCUGCUCCAUGGCUUGCAGCAAGGCUCUCGUACCCAGCCUUGGACACCAUGAUCUCUUUCAUAUCUUUUAUCUUGACUAAUUUUGGAAUCUAU